AUGGCCACGCUGGCUUGCCGGGUGCAGUUCUUGGACGACACGGACCCUUUCAACAGCACCAACUUCCCCGAGCCCAGCCGGCCGCCGCUGUUCACGUUUCGCGAGGACCUCGCUCUCGGCACCCAGCUGGCCGGGGUCCACCGGCUGCUGCGGGCGCCGCACAAGCUUGACGACUGUACGCUACAGCUCUCCCACAAUGGUGCCUACCUGGACUUGGAAUCCACCCUAGCAGAGCAACGGGAUGAGCUGGAAGGCUUCCAGGAUGAUGCUGGGCGGGGCAAAAAACACAGCAUCGUCCUGAGGACACAGCUGUCCGUGAGGGUCCAUGCCUGCAUUGAAAAACUGUACAACUCCAGUGGGCGAGAUUUAAGAAGGGCCCUUUUCUCCCUGAAGCAGAUAUUUCAGGAUGACAAGGAUUUGGUGCAUGAAUUUGUAGUGGCUGAAGGUCUGACGUGUUUGAUCAAGGUGGGAGCUGAGGCAGACCAGAACUAUCAGAACUACAUUCUGAGGGCUUUGGGCCAGAUUAUGUUGUAUGUGGAUGGGAUGAAUGGAGUAAUAAACCACAAUGAAACCAUUCAGUGGCUGUACACUCUCAUUGGGUCAAAGUUCCGCCUGGUGGUGAAGACAGCCCUGAAGCUGCUGCUGGUCUUUGUGGAGUACUCAGAGUCCAAUGCCCCUCUUCUGAUUCAGGCUGUCACCGCUGUUGACACUAAAAGGGGAGUCAAACCCUGGUCAAAUAUCAUGGAAAUCCUGGAGGAAAAAGAUGGGGUCGACACAGAGCUGCUGGUUUAUGCGAUGACUUUAGUGAACAAGACACUGUCCGGAUUGCCAGACCAAGACAGCUUCUACGACGUGGUGGACUGCCUGGAGGAGCUGGGCAUUGCGGCUGUGUCCCAGCGGCACUUGAACAAAAAAGGGACGGACCUGGACCUGGUGGAGCAAUUGAACAUUUAUGAGGUGGCACUGCGGCACGAGGAUGGCGACGAGACGGCAGAGCCGCCCCCCAGUGGGCGCCGGGACCGGAGGAGGGCCAGCGUGUGUUCCGGAGGCGGUGGUGGAGCGGGUGAGCCGCGGGGCCUGGACCGCAGGCGGAGCCGCAGGCACUCGGUGCAGAGCAUCAGGAGUCCUCUGUCGGCCCCCACCAGUCCCAGCUCCCAGUCGGCUCCUGGCUUCAAGACCGGUCAAGUACGAGAGCACUGUGAAAAAUACAACAGCUUUGGCAACACCUCUUACCACUCAAGACCCUGUGGAUCUGCUGUGCCAGCCACCCCCACAUCAUCUUUUUCACCUCCGCAAGAGGCCAGGCUGGAAAGGUCUUCACUGAGUGGUCUUCUCACAUCAUCCUUUAGGCAGCAUCAAGAGUCACUGGCAGCAGAGAGAGAGAGGCGGCGGCAAGAGAGAGAAGAAAGGCUGCAGAGAAUAGAACGGGAAGAAAGGAACAAAUUCAACCGAGAGUAUUUAGACAAAAGAGAGGAGCAAAGACAAGCAAGAGAAGAAAGAUACAAAUACUUGGAGCAGUUGGCAGCCGAGGCGCACGAGAAAGAAGCGAGAAGCCGGAGCGCGAGCCGGGGCAGAGGUGACCUCUCCUUGGACCUGACCUCCCCUGCGGCCCCUGCCUCCCCCACCCCUCUGAGCCCUAGCCCUUCUUCUCUAGACUCACAGGAGGCUCUCGUGGGAUCAUCCUCCUGUCUGGGAACACCUCAGCAUCCCCAAGUGAGUGCUGCUGGCAGUCCGGAGCCUGGACCGGAGGUGGAGGUGGGCCAGGGUGCGGAUGAGGCCCGCCCUGAAGUAGCCUCUGCCUGCGCCGGAGCAGAGAGCGAAGUGGAGCGAGCACUGGAGCAAGAGCCAGAAGAGCGGGCCUCCCUCAGUGAGAAAGAGAGGCAGAGCGAGGAGGUGAACGAGAAGGAUAACUGCUCCGCCUCCAGCAUCUCGUCCUCCAGCAGCACAUUAGAGAGGGAGGAGAAGGAAGACAAGCUCUCCAGGGACAGGGGACCUGGUUUGUGGUCCGCAGGUGUUCAGGAUGCCGGUGUAAAUGAACAGUGUGGCGACAUCCUCACCAACAAACGGUUCAUGCUGGACAUGCUGUAUGCCCAUAACAGAAAGCCCACGGAUGACGAGGAGAAGGGGGAGGGCGAGACCGGGAGGACUGAGCCAGGUGCGGAGGCGGUAGCCAGCCUGGCUAGCAGGAUAUCCACCCUGCAGGCCAACUCCCUGGCCCAGGAUGAGAGCGUCAGGAGGGUGGACGUUGGCUGUCUGGACAAUCGGGGCAGCGUGAAAGCCUUCGCUGAGAAAUUCAACAGCGGGGACCUGGGGAGAGGGUCCGUCUCUGCUGAUGCCGAGCCUAAUGACAAAGUCCCAGAGAAAGCAUCUGCACAGCAGAAGACAGAAUCUGACUACAUUUGGGACCAGCUCAUGGCCAAUCCGAGGGAGCUGAGAAUCCAAGACAUGGAUUUCACCGACCUGGGGGAGGAGGACGACAUUGACGUCCUGGAUGUGGACCUGGGACCCAGGGAGGCUCCGGGGCCCCCGCCCCCGCCCCCACCCACUUUUCUGGGUUUGCCUCCCCCACCCCCACCACCCCUGUUGGACAGCGUGCCUCCCCCUCCUGUCCCCGGUAAUUUAUUGGCUCCUCCUCCUCCAGUGUUCAACGCUCCUCAGGGCUUAGGGUGGCCCCAGGUACCCCGGGGUCAGCCGGCAUUCACGAAGAAAAAGAAGACCAUCCGUCUAUUCUGGAAUGAAGUGCGGCCGUUCGAGUGGCCAUGUAAGAACAACCGCCGCUGCAGAGAAUUCCUGUGGUCAAAACUGGAACCUAUUAAGGUGGACACUUCCAGGCUGGAGCACCUGUUUGAGUCUAAGUCUAAGGAACUGUCCGUCUCAAAGAAAACUGCUGCAGAUGGAAAAAGGCAGGAGGUCAUCGUCCUGGACCCCAAGAGGAGCAAUGCUAUUAAUAUCGGUCUGACAGUGCUGCCCCCUCCGAGGACGAUUAAGAUAGCCAUUUUGAAUUUCGAUGAAUACGCCUUAAACAAAGAAGGAAUUGAGAAAAUUCUAACCAUGAUUCCCACCGAAGAAGAGAAGCAGAAAAUCCAGGAAGCACAGUUGGCCAACCCCGAUGUGCCAUUGGGCAGCGCUGAGCAGUUCCUCCUCACUCUCUCCUCCAUCAGUGAGCUCUCGGCUCGGCUUCACCUCUGGGCAUUCAAAAUGGAUUAUGAAACGACAGAAAAGGAAGUGGCAGAACCACUUUUGGAUCUGAAGGAAGGAAUAGACCAACUGGAGAACAAUAAAACCUUGGGCUUUAUCCUGUCUACUCUUUUAGCCAUUGGGAACUUUCUAAAUGGAACUAAUGCCAAAGCGUUUGAGUUAAGCUACCUCGAGAAGGUUCCAGAAGUUAAGGACACCGUGCACAAGCAGUCGCUUCUCCACCACGUGUGCACCAUGGUGGUGGAAAACUUCCCAGACAGCUCAGAUCUAUACUCGGAGAUCGGGGCCGUCACCAGGUCAGCCAAGGUUGACUUUGAUCAACUUCAGGAUAAUUUGUGUCAGAUGGAGAGAAGAUGCAAAGCUUCAUGGGAUCACCUCAAGGCAAUUGCAAAACAUGAAAUGAAACCCGUUUUAAAACAACGGAUGUCAGAGUUCCUAAAAGACUGUGCAGAGCGAAUUAUAAUUUUAAAGAUUGUCCAUAGAAGAAUAAUUAACAGGUUCCAUUCCUUUUUGCUCUUUAUGGGUCACCCACCUUAUGCGAUUCGGGAAGUCAACAUAAACAAGUUCUGCAGGAUCCUUAGUGAAUUUGCACUGGAGUAUCGCACCACCAGGGAACGGGUUUUGCAGCAGAAACAGAAACGGGCCAACCACAGAGAGAGAAAUAAGACCAGAGGGAAGAUGAUCACCGAUUCUGGCAAGUUCUCCGGCAGUUCUGCGGCGCCUCUGAGCCAGCCGCAGGGCCUGAGCUACGCGGAGGACGCCACCGAGCACGAGAACAUGAAGGCCGUGCUGAAGACCUCGUCGCCCGCCGUGGAGGAUGCCACCCCAGUGCUGGGCGUCCGCACGCGCAGCCGAGCAAGCCGAGGAUCUGCUAGUUCAUGGACUCUGGGAACCGAUGACUCCCCUAAUGUCACAGAUGACGCAGCUGAUGAGAUCAUGGAUCGCAUCGUCAAGUCGGCCACCCAGGUGCCCAGUCAGCGAGUGGUGCCUCGGGAGAGGAAGCGCUCCCGGGCCAACCGGAAAUCUCUGCGAAGGACCCUCAAGAGCGGCCUGACUCCAGAAGAAGCCCGAGCUCUGGGGCUGGUUGGCACCGCAGAGUUGCAGCUGUGACACCUGUGGGCACCCUAAGAAGCGUGUCUGAGACUGUGCCAACUCCUGCUGGACAGAACCCCCCAGCUGGGGGGCAGUGAAGAGAUUGGACGUUAACAUCCGAAGGUUCUGAAGGGGAGUGUCCACGUUGCUAGUGUCUGCGCACGCCCACUGGGCAUGGAUGGGGCACUCUCGGAGGCUCCCGCACACACUUCCUUCAUUGUGUCAGCUGUGUUUCUCUGGUUCCCUCAACACCUGGUUUAGUAGUUUCAAUGCGUGACACCUUUUCUGUGCAAGGAGCCUAUCACUCCUCUCACGGUUACUGUGGUCCUAUGAGGCAGUUUGAUUAGGCUCACAGACUGGGUCUAUCCACAACACCAAACUAUCCAGAUGUAAACUCCAACAUUGUACACGAAAAGAAAGCACAGGUUGUUUACCGGUUGUGGAUUUUAGAUGUACUAAAUGUUUAUACAAAUUCAUAAAUGUACACCAUGUUUCAAAUACUAAAUAAAUAGAGUUUAA